AUGAAAGACCUCGAGUCCAGAUACUAUCCGGCAAGAACUUCCACCAUGGCCCGCACUCGACGUGCAAUUAUUGCCUUUGCGCUUCUAGUCAGCAUCAUCCUAUUAUUCCGCUCCUUCUCAGCCUCCACCAUAUACGAUUCGCCGCUGCUCAUUCCGCCUCAGGCAAGGGGUCGCGCGGGGACCUUCGAGUCGCAACUCACCAUUGGAGACACUACAUAUCCAACACUUCUCGAAAAGCUUCGGCAUCAAUACCCUUAUGAUCUCGACAGCAAGUUUCCGGCGCACAUAUGGCAGACGUGGAAGUAUUCGGUCAGCUCCAGUUCGUUUCCACAGCAUUUUCGCUAUUUGGAGUCGACAUGGACAGAUACAAACCCGGAGUUCGUUCACGAAGUAAUAUCAGAUGAAUCGGCAGUUCACUUAGUUCAAUAUCUCUAUGGCUCCGUGCCGGAAGUGGUCGAGGCGUACAAUUCAUUACCAGCACCCGUUUUGAAGGCGGAUCUUUUUCGGUAUUUGAUCCUGUUGGCGCGGGGAGGCAUAUACUCUGAUAUUGAUACGGAAGCGCUCAAGCCGGUUGUCGACUGGCUACCAGAAGAUAUGGAUCCGUCGUCAGUCGGCCUCGUGAUUGGCAUCGAAGCUGAUCCGGACCGACCUGACUGGCACCAAUGGUACUCGCGCAGAAUACAGUUCUGUCAAUGGACUAUCCAAGCCAAACCCGGCCAUCCAGUCCUGCGUGACGUGGUGGCUACUAUUGUUGAGGAUGCUCUACGAAUGAAGAAAAAGGGUAUCCUGACCAUGUCCAAGCUGGACAAAUCGGUUAUGGAGUUUACUGGCCCUGCCGUAUGGACUGAUGCUAUCUUCCGCUACUUCAACAACCCUGAUUAUUUUAUCAGUGAAGGCACUGGGAACGUCACCUAUGAGGACUUCUCGGGCUUGACUAUACAGAAGAAAAUUGGCGAUGUGGCGGUUUUGCCGAUUACCAGUUUUAGUCCGGGCGUGGAUCAGAUGGGUGCUAAAGGGCUAGACGAUCCUCUAGCUUUUGUUAGCCAUAGGUUUGAAGGAUCAUGGAAGCCACAAAACGAGCGCAUCUACUAA